CUUACCAGCCCCUCCCCGUAGUCGGGAAAGUUAUAGCGUCCUAGACGUGCCCAAGUACUACGAGUACCAUUGUAACAGCACCCACAAUACUUUAUAGUGCGUUACAUUGAAUAAAGAAAUGGACCAGCUGAUCGCCAGGGGACCACCUCCUCGGCCGGAGCGACCAGCGCUAGGGAACACAACGUGGAGGAGGCCAGCGGCCUCCGCCGCAGCGAUCACUGCUGGGGAAGGGCAGGAAGACGAAAGACGACAUCUAGGGAGAGAUUGUGAAAACCUGGAUGAGGAAGAAAGGGGUGGCAAGAGGAAAUCAGAGUCUAUCCUGGUCGUGUUAUGUCAGGGCGAUCAAGAGCUAGGAACGGGUCAACGAGAACGUCAGCACGAUCUAUGCCGCAAUACAAAAGGAGGAAGGGUGACCCAGAGCGGAGCCGGCAGAGGAAGUAGAGGAAGUUGCCCUGGAUCCGGAAGAGCCGUAGCAAGAGGUGAAGGGGAUAUGACUGGGGUUGACCCACGAAUCAUCUACCACAGAUUGGCGAUAGAUCCGGCCCACAAGCUGGUCAAGCAGAAGAAGCGAUUCCUCUCCUCGGAAAGGAGAGACUUCGUCACCAAGCAAGAUUUAGAAAGGGUGUUCAGAAUCAUGAAGAGGUACCAACUCCGCCUCAACCUAAAGAAGUACACGUUUGGGGUUCAAGGAGGAAAAUUCCUAGGACAUAUGGUCAGUCGAAGGGAGAUCGAGCCCAACCCUGAGAAGGUUAAGGUAAUCUUGGAGAUGGAACCUCCGCGAAAUGUGAAGGAGGUACAACAGCUAGCAGGGAGGAUCGCUGCUCUCAGCCGCUUUUUAUCAAAGAUAGCUGAUCGACUAGCACCAUUCUUCCAAACCAUAAAGAAAAGUAGAGGCUUCAUCUGGACCAAGGAGUGUCAGAGGUCCUUUGAAGGGUUAAAGAACACCGCGUUGGAAAUGCUUAAGGCAUUCGGGGCAUACCAGAUAGAGCAGGUCCCUCGAGAAGAAAAUGCCGAGGCAGACAUCCUCUCAAAACUUAGUCCUGAUUCCCUGGAUAAUAUCAAGGCGAUGACUCAAGAAGAGGAGUUGUUUGAACCAAGCAUCAGUCCCGGACAAGUCCUGGUCUUCACACUCAAUGAGCCGGACUGGAUUGACGAGUUGACCAUGUAUAUCAUUGCGGGUCGAUACCAACAGAUCCGGUUGCAUCCAAAGUUGUCAAGUGACACGCACCUAGCUAUACGCUGGAGUGUGGGAGGUUGUAUAAGUGAACGUACAAUGAUCAUCACUGAUAAUGGAACCCAGUUUGAGGCUAGGGGGUUCAAUGCAUUUCUGCAGAGUUGGGGCAUAAAGCAUAGCUAUGCCGCGGUCAGGUACCCACAAACCAAUGGGCAGGACCACCCCAAGGAAGGCCACGGGGAAACACCGUUCGCACUCAUGUAUGGAUUUGAGGCAAGGGCUCCAGCUGAAACCUCACUGCUAAGUUAUAGGGUGGAGAUGUUUGAUGCACAAGAGAACGAGGAAAGCUUGAGGGCGGAGUUACAUCUCAUAGACGAGCGAAGAGAAAGGGCCUACAUCUGGGCAGAGAAUUACCGCCGACAAGUUAAGUCGUACCAUGAUUAGAGGGUGCGACCAAGGCAGUUCAAGAUGGGUGACUAGGUCCUAAGGAAAAGGGAGAUCAGUCGGUCGACCGAUGGUGGGAAGUUUUCAAAAUGCUUUGAAGGGCCAUAUAUCAUAAAGGAAGUAUUGGCUG